GUACAAAACAUUGAACAUUGUCACUCAAAUAUAUGAGCACACCAUGAAACCAAGAAACAACUCAAAUGCAUUAUAAACAUAUAUGGCAGCUGCCUAGCCCUGAACCAGGCCAAAACUCACGAGAAAAUGGUGCACAUGGACUCUGCCUGCGGCUGUCAAAAGGUGUCAAUUCUGUGAGCCAAGUCAAAUCACAUUUUUUCAGUUCGAACCAUUCUUUCUCUGCUACGGACCAUGCUCUGUCACACUAUUUUCUGUGGGAAUCAUGGCUUUAUAGGCAAACAAAUCUUCACAAGUUUGGUGCAGAAAAGGGAAACAGAAUACCACAGAAAUAGAAAACAAGAGUAGACAAACUUGGCAUUCUCCUUUGGUAGGAACACUGUCGAGAAUGUUAAGAACUGGCUUGGAGCUCGAAAAGAUUGAGACAUAUGUGCUCAAAGUAAACAUUAACUGUGAAGGGUGCAAAAAAAGGGUGAAGAAACUCCUCCUGAAAAUUGAAGGGGUUUUUUCGGUUCACAUAGAUGAGGAACACCAAGUGGUCAACGUAACAGGAAAAGUUGAUCCAACUACAUUGAUCAAGAAGUUGAUCAAAUCUGGUAAACAUGCAGAGUUUUGGUCCCCAAGUAGCCACCUCAAAUUCAUAAAAGAUGAUAAGAACAAAAACCAAAUGCAAUAUCUAAGGGAUGGUAUCAUUGACUCCAAAAUUGAGCAUGAAAGUACCUUUGGCUAUGAAGUUGAAGAUGAUCUUGGAAACUAUCUCAACUACAACAUUGGCAAGCACUCCAUGACAGGAGAGGUAGGUCAGAAUUUGAUAGAAAAAACAAAUUUGCACAGUAUGCACAUGGGACGAGAGGAUGAAGACACGUUUGCCAACAAUGGAUAUAUGAUAUCCAUGAUGGAUCCUGCAGGUUUUGGAGGCAAUCGUGCUGGUUUUGUUGGCUUACGAGGACAAGAAUUUGGUAUGUUUCAUGAGGUUCCAUCCAGGUUGCCAACUUAUGAAUAUAAUCAUCUACCAUCCAUGUUCAAAACCAACUUGCAGCGUGGGUACCACCACAAUAAUCCAUCUGCACAUAUGAACACUUACAUGCAGGACGGGCACAACAAUAACAAUAUGAUAGCUAAUUAUGACAACAUAUAUAUGCACCAACAUGAUAUGGUGAGUUAUCUGUCUCCCCUGACUCCUCCAUUUACUGGUUAUGGUAUUAGUUCUUUGCCACAUUAUUAA